CGUAAAAAUGGCUUGAUGAUUCGACGAAAGAGCAAUUGUUCCACCAGUAGCUGCCAUCACGAAAUUGGAGUAGCCCAAUAUAAGGCAGGAACCAUGCAACUACACGUGCGGGGAUUGAAUACCCAUGUCCUGGAUGUCUUGCCAGGCGACAGCAUUGCCCACGUUAAGGCGUUGGUGGCAAACCUCGAGUCGGUCGAGGCAGAACAACUGAACCUGUCCUGCGAAGGUACGCUCCUGGCCGAGGACUUGACCGUUUCGCAGCUGCACUCCGUCGAGCUCGACGUGACGGUCGGUCUGCUCGGUGGUAAGGUGCACGGUUCACUCGCUCGUGCCGGUAAGGUGAAGGGCCAGACGCCGAAGGUCGAGAAGAAGGAAAAGAAGAAGAAGAAGACGGGCCGUGCUAAGCGACGCAUCCAGUACAACCGCCGCUUCUCGAGCGUCGUCCAGGCGUAUGGCCGCCGUCGCGGACCGAACGCUAACUCUGCCACUUAGGUUGGAGUCGUCGCGCCCGGCAACCACAAACAAUCAUGAAUAAUUUCGUACGUAAGCAGAAAGAAUGAAAUGAAAGCCUAUGAUCGUUUGCGGCAGAAGUGGUUAAAAUAAAUUCGUCAUUCACGAUCCCAA